AAGUAAUAACAUUGCUAACUUGUGUAAAAAGGGUGCAACAAAACACUGUUGUCAUGGCAUCUGCAAUAGUGACUCACGUUAUGCACACAAAGAUUAUAUGCAAGGAGUUGAGUUCAGUUCAUUAGAUUUCCCAAACCUUGGAGAGAUAUUGAAAAGUGUAAACGAUGGGUGAAUGCAUGUAAACGGGAAGAAUUUUCAACUGCAAAUGUCACGAAGGACACAUAUAUAUGCAGCAAGCACUUUGUUGGAGGAAAAGGGCCAACAAAUGAACAUCCAGACCCUCUUCCUGCAACUGCAACCGAAUCUGAAAUCAAAAAAUGCACAACAAAGCGUAAACGUCCAACUGUAAGACAAGAAAUCUCACAUCUCAGGAAAAUGGCAAGAAAAUCUCUUCAUCAAGAAUUAGAAGUGACUGAAUUCAUAGAAAAUACAAGUACAACUGAGUCCAUACCUCAGUGUCCAAGUACCUGUCAAACUUCAGAUAUAAUGACAGAUAAAUGCUUUCAAGUCAAACCUCAGGAAGCAUCAAUGAGUACCCAAACUGAGAGGAACAUAAACAUUGAAUUAGAGGUUAGAAUUGAAAAUUCGAUGUUAAAAAACAAAGUAAAAUUGCUCCAAAAUGAAGUUGAUCAUCUGAAAACAUCCAGUAGUCUAAAGAUACCAAGCAAACCAAAAACCUCUGUAGAAACUUCGAGCGAGUUUACUUUUGAUAACAUAAUGAAGGAUGAAGAGAAGUUCAAAUACUUUACAGGAUUAACCAUUUCACAAUUUAUGUGUUUGUGGGAGUAUCUAGGACCUUCCAGAAAUAAGCUUGUUUAUUGGAACAGUGAUUGUGAAUAUCCAGACAGAUCAUCAAUCAAGAGACCUGGUCCAAAGCACAAACUUGAACCAAAAAAUGAACUGUCCAUGACACUCAUGAGGCUAAGACAUGGAUUUGUUGUUGAAGAUCUAUCAUACAGACUUAAUGAUAGCACCUCAAUGGUUUCUAGAAUAAUUCUCACAUGGGUUCAGUUUUUAUAUAAAAGAUUUCUUCCUCUCAGAUCAAAAAUGUUUCCAAGUAGAUCUCACUUGAGCAAGUUUGCACCAAAGUCUUUCAAAAAGUACAAAAAUAUAAGGUGUAUUAUAGAUUGUACAGAGGUACUUGUUCAACAACCUAGAGAUUUUGGUAAACAGGGAAAUUGUUAUUCUUCAUACAAGGGUCACAUAUAAAUUUCUUGUUGCAAUUGCACCAAAUGGAGCAAUUGUUUUUGUUCCCGAUGCAUUUGAAGGAUCAAUUUCUGAUAAAGACAUUGUCAUCAAGUCAGGUUUUAUAGAUUUUUUAGAGAAUGGUGAGGUAAUAAUGGCAGAUCGUGGUUUUGUAAUUGAUGACUUAUAAAUGACACGGGGUGCAAUACUUGUUUUGCCUCCAUUAUUAGGAGGAAGAGCAAAACUUAGUGCUCAGGAGGAGGCAAGCACGAAGGACAUAGCAGAACAUUGCAUCCAUGUAGAACGCACCAUAGAGAGAAUGAAAAAAUUCAGAAUUUUACAGAAAACAAUAC